AUGACGACGACGGCCGAACCAAGGCGCGCAGCGCACAGCAGGAACUGGAAUAAGGGCCUCCAGGGGAAGGCGGGCGACCAGUCCAUGUGGAUCGAACAUAACAGGGGACUUACCAAGACGCUAGCCAGGAGCAAGCGGGCGGUAGCCAAGGAUGCGGUUCUCCGUCUGUCACCGCACCGCGUCCAUCUCCUCGUUGCCGUUGAGGAACACGCCGUGGAUCUCGGCGCCGUGGUCGAGCAGCAACUUGAAGGCCACCUUUCAGUGCCGGACAAUGGCGUCUUUCAGCGGCGAGAGGCUUACGCUAUUAGUGUUGUUGCUGACGUGGAGCAGCGGGCUGAGCCGGCGUCCGACAAGACCAAACGCAGCAGCUCGGGCUCCGCAUACGAGGCCAUGAGGUGUAUCACGGUAAACGACCCGUUCUCCGUCAUAUCCUUAGUGAAACCGCGCGUCAUGCGAUCAUUCAUCGCUUCCAUCUGCCGCUUAUGGACGGGCGCAUCCCAGGGGUUGCUUUUGAGCAGGUGA